AUGUCCAAAUUAUUUAGACAUUUGAUAUAUUUUAUUAUAAAUGCAUCGCUGAUCUUUGCAAAAUUUGUUAGAAGAGACACCUGGGAAAGAAAUUCGGUACUAGGAUGUGCUUUCCAGUUGUCCAAGGUACAAAAUUGGGAUCAUAAAGAUUCUUCGACGGGACAAUUUUAUUACUCUGUUUGUAAUUAUAUGCCGGCCUUACAAUCAUGGGUAUUUUGCAUAAAUGAUGCUGUCAAUAGGUUUAGCCAAAACAAAGAUAAUACAGUGUUUAAUAAUAGUAUGGUGGACUUGAAAAAGACAUGUUCUUCAAUUAAUGCGUUGAUUAAUAGUAUUACGAUAGCAGACUACUAUGAAAUACUAAAUAAUGCAUCACAUGAUAUACGGCGAGAUUAUCCGUUAAAUGAGAAGGAAGGUCUUAUUAACUAUCCAAUAUAUAUCAACAGAACAACGAUCGAUCCGAUUAUCAACGCUUAUCAUAAUUAUUUUAGCAACACCGAUCGUAGUAAUUUUUCGGUUUACUAUUAUUAUGUUUUCUUCUUCGUGAUAUUCCUUGUUGCAACAAUGGUUAAUUAUCUGAAUCAUAGCAACAAUCUGCGAUAUUUUUCGAAGUGGAAGUCAUGGUGUAAGAUUAAGGGAUUACUUGUGAGGUGUCUCUAUAACGGACAUCAUACUGAAUAUGUUAAAUUUUUAGGGGAUGGUUUUAUAGGUUUACUACCAACAAGGUUGGAAACCACCAUAAUAACGAACUAUAUCACCUUAAAUGGAAUUAUGCUAGCGAUUGGUUAUAAGAUUGAUCCAACAAACUCAUUGUUCAAAUCAUCUUCCCUGCAAAUUUUACGACUUGUGGCUGAUAGAUCUGGUAUCUUAGCCUUUGGGAACCUGCCAAUUAUAUUUCUAUUCGGUACGCGGAAUAAUUUAUUGAUGACGCUAACUGAUUUUAAUUUUACUACAUUCAUUUCUUUGCAUAAAUGGGUAGGUCGUAUAAUGAUAAUUGACUCUUUGAUUCAUUCUUGCUGUUAUUUAUGCUAUUCGAUAGUUUCCGGAUCAUUUGUAUUCAGCGAACUUGAAUUGUAUUACAAAUGUGGUAUAGUAGCUAUGGUUUUAUUACUCUUAUUAUUUUUCCUCUCUCUGGGUUACAUUCGAAAAUAUUACUAUGAAGUAUUUUUGUACACACAUAUACUUUUGGCCAUUGGAUUUAUGGCGGCAUGUUGGAAACAUGUUGAAAACCUUGGUUGGAAAAAUUGGUUGAUAAUUUCAAUUGUAUUAUGGAUAGUUGAAAGGUUGGCAAGAAUAUUUAAUGUUAUAUUUAAUGGUGGACUUUUGAAUUCAAAGCUUUCCUUGAUUGGAACUAAUGAUAACACGGAAGAUAAUUUGAUCAGAGUGGCGAUACAGAAGAAGAAUAUGAGACCUCUUAAACCUGGCCAAUAUUUUUUCAUUUAUUUCAUGCAUCCAUUAAUAUUCUGGCAAUCUCACCCAUUCACAGUUAUUGAUGUAGUACAAGAUGAGAAGAUUAUUAUAGUUUUGAAACCUAAAAGUGGCGCCUCAAAAGUUCUUUAUGAUUCUUUAAGAAAGAAUUACAAUGCGUUAGACAUAAAGGUCGCCUUAGAAGGACCUUAUGGACAUAGUGCCCCGAUACAUCAUGCAGAUAAUAUUUUAUUGAUUGCAGCAGGAACGGGUAUACCUGGUCCAUUGUUUCAUGCAAUGGAUUUAACGAGUAGGUUUCAAGAACAUACUGGUAAGAAGAUCCAACUAGUUAUUAUUAUAAGAGAUAAAAGUAUAUUGAAUGCAUUUAAAGAUGAGAUUUUAACCUUGCGCAAUAAAGAUGUUGCUAUAGAUGUUUUCUUAACAAGAGAGGGUUCAUCAAAGUCUGUUUCUCAUCAUCACACGGAGUACACCUCACUUUUACCAAGAACACUUGACAUCGAAGAUAUAAAGACGUUUUCAAAAGUUUCCUUCGGUAGACCUAAUAUUGAAAAUAUUAUUGUAUCAUGCAUCGAACCAAACAAAAGACUGGCGAUUCUCUCUUGUGGAGCCCCUCAGUUCGAGGAUUCUUUGCGUAAUAUUACUUCAACGGUCAUUAUGAACCACCCAGAAUCAAAUAUUGACUAUUAUGAAGAAUUUCAGCGUUGGUAA